GGCGGCAAACGCGAGUGCCGGCGUGGAUCGCGUUUCCAGUUUAUCCGACGGCGUUUACCGUCGCGCGACGCUCCCGUCUCGCUUCCGUCGCGGCCGACGAUUCCACCGGAAACAACCGACCGACCAGAACCUCCGAAAACGAGAAAAAUCGAACUUACUUCGUCUCUCUAUCGAAACGAUGUUCCCAUCGGGACGCGCGAGGCAGACUUAAUACGAUCAGUGAACUCCGACAAAGAUUUCAUAUAAAUUCAAAGAACCGUUGAAUAAUUAGACGCGACGAUCGUAUCUAUCGAGGACGUUCCUGCGAUUCUUUGGUCUUCGAAGAUACUUCGAAGGAUAUCGAUUUGAAAGGAAAACCGAGGAAUAUCUGGCAACGAGGGAGUUUGUUCCAUCGGUUCGUUCAGUGAAAGAGAAUCGCAAUCUUGUAUUGAAACUUCGAAUCUGCCGGAGACAGCUAUCAAACUUAGUGAACGAGGAUCCUCGGGAAACUCGAAGUUCUUCGAGUUUUAAACUGCAGUGCGCGUCUUCGAGGGAAAAUAAAGAACUAACUAACGGAGGAAUUCCUUCAUAAAAUUAACAGGAAUAAUUUAAAAUAAAUUACUUCUCGCUGAUUGAUAAGAUAUUAGUUGUUAAUAUUUGGCGUAAGAUCGAAAGGAUCCUUGCGCGAGGAUCGGCGUCGAUGAACUUCGCAGUUUCUGAACUCGGCGCCGAUUGCGACGUUACCGCUCGUGCCGCGUCUCGCCGAGAUUUAUAGAACGACCGUGGACCGCCAAGGUUGCCCGCGGUGGUGAUUUCGGCGCAGUGACCCUAAGGACGCAGCCUCGAUCCGAUAAAUCACCGUUAUACAAUGGGAGGAUCCAAGAUCGCGAAUUACGCGGGAUGCGGAGGAUCGAACGGCAUGCUAGAUCCUCGUCCGGCAACCAAAUAAGGAAUCCCUCAUUAAGAAUUCUUUCUCCCUCGAAGUCCCUUCAAUCCACUUGUCGUUUUACAAGAGCGAGAGCGUCUCAGCGCUAAUGAUUCCAACUUAAUUAAGAAACUUGGAGAACAGAAGGAGAGGGGAUAAUUCGGGAAGGCGAUCGAGGAAGUUUAUUGGGAAGCUGCGUGAAGUAGAAGGCAGAGAAAUUUAUUGGGACAUCUGACUAAACGGAGAGGCGAAAGAAUUUGUUGAGAAACUCGAAAAAGGAAGCAAAGUUUCCGAAGGAAAUUUUAGGAAGAUAAUAGAAGAGACGUUGUUUGUGAGAUUUGACUAAAAUUCAAAGAUUCGCGGGAAAUUUGGCAAAGCCGAGAGGCGAAGAAAUUCGUCGGGAAAGUUGAACUUGAGGAAGCAAAGUUUUCGAAGGAAACUUUAGGAAGACAACAAAAGAGACGUUGAUUGUGAAAUUUGAUGAAGCGGAGAGGCGAAGAAGUUCCACGGGAAACUUUGAGAGAAAAAGAAGCAAAGUUUCCGCGGGAAAUUUUAAGAAGACAAUAGAAGAGACGUUUACCGUGAAAUUCUACGAAAAGCUGAAUGAUUCGCGGGAAAUUCGAUAGAGGCUUCUAGAGGAUCGCGGGAGUCGGUUCAACCGCGAACGUGUUCGACGAAAGUGAAUUCUUUCGAAUCAUCGGAGCAGUGAAUUUCUCCGACUAGAAGUAACAGGAUUGGGCAAGGCAGAAAUUUCCGAUCGGAGCGUGAAUUUAUUACGCGAGGCUCGCAGGAGGAAUAUCGAUUGAUAAGGGUGCGGAGCGAAAUACGAGGAUUUAAUUCGCGGACGCGGAAAGAUUCUGCGGGAAGGUUUAUUCCUCGGGGUAAAAGUACGUGGGCCGGAAUAGAUUUCUGAAAAAUUCGCGCGCGAUAGUUCGAGCGUUUGGUGAAGGAAGGUAGAAAGAAAGGAAGGAAGGAAUUUAUCACCCGUUAGAAACGUGAGGCACAAAAAACAGGAGAGAAAUGUAUAAUUGAUAAGAGGCGUCGGGCGAAAUACGAGGAUUUAUUUUGAGUGCGCGGCUCUUGAGUCAAACUUCUCGGAGAAGUUUAUGCUCCGAGGCGAAAAUAUUUGAGAAGAGAAUCUCGAGGAAUGUACACAUCUUUCGAUAGAAAAAAGUGAAGCCGGUGAAUCUGAGAAGAGAAGGAAUUCCCGAACGACUCGACGACCUUCACGUUAUCCACUGAUAUUACAACUCUGAUGUUAUAAAAGUUCGACGUUAACGAUCGUUGACGAUUUCCGGAAGCGUUAACGUUCUACCGAGCAAAAACUGUAGCGCCUAACUCGCUCCGGAAAGCCAGGCGGUUACGAAACACGCUCGAACGAACAAAAGUUCCACCUGCCGCGCGGUCGAACGUUUCGAAAGAAGCGCGGAGGUAAAAUCGAAGGAACACGUGUCGGUUCGUUCUUAACUUAAAUUGAACAGCGCAAGGAACGUGAAACGCAAUACGAAUACAAGUAACAGAAUGAGUAAAAUAUAGAAUAACGAAACGUAAGGAAGUUACAGAGAAUUCCUCUGUGAAAGGUAUUCGAAGUGACCGUGUUCAUAUUGUACGCAUUGUUCAAGAAGCAUUGAUUCAAGUUGAGCUCUCGAAAUAUUUUAUAAAUACCGAACGACAGACGCUGGUGACGUUUCUUCAAGAAGCCGAUCAAAUGAAUUGAGCUGAAUUCAAGGAAGAACACAGAAGACUCGAAAAGAGCGAGUCGAGAAGAGGAAGAUCAGCGGCCGGUCAGCUGCAUUUCAGCGGGCGUGUUUGUUUAUCGCGCGGAGUCUAUCUUCUGCCCGACGGAGGUACCGUUGAAUCGAUAAAUCGCAGCUAUUUGUUGUUCCUCGAGGAACAAGCGAGAGUUGGCUGGCCACCGCUGCGGGUCGUAUCGGUCCGCGAGGUUUCACGGGCGCCGGAAACCUUCAACGUGACCGGACGUCGCUGAAAAACCGCGACACGUUCCUUCGACGGAGUGCCAUUAAUAUUUCCCAUUAAUACUAAUAUUAAUAUUGAUAUUUAAAAUGAAAUAAAGAAACGAAUGAAUAACGAUAAAUGACGAAUGGAUCCGCUGGAGACGGUCCCCGGAAAAGCUCGACGGGUUUUAGAAACGUUCCGACGUCGCGAGAUCGAUUUCUCCGCAGAACAUGUGGACGGUGUUGAUCGGCAUUUCGCGGGAGGCAUCGUUGGCUCGGAUAUCGAUUAUCAGCGUUCUUUGGUGACUUCGUUUUGCUAGGAUUUCGACCGAAAGGGAAUUCUUCUAACGAGUUUUGUAAUGGACGUUAUUGGCUCGAAGUUUCAGCGAAGAGACUUUGAGGGUUAAGGAACCGGGUAUAUUUCUUGUUCCCGCGGAUCGCGGACACAUUCGUCUGCGAAAUAAACUCUCGUUUGUAUCUGUCUGACUUUCUGUCGGGUGUGGCCUUGAAGUUUUCGUAUUAGUUACUAGCAUUGUCGCUCGUUCCUUUGAACAGAGAGACGAUUAAGUGUGCAUCGGCAUUCUAGAAUCUUGAGCGUUUAUCCAUAGCUUGAGGCGUUACAAAGGAGAAUCAAGAUAAGAGGAAGAUUAAAUAAACAAAGAUUAAAUACAAAGUGAGUUAAUCAAGACUUUAGAGCCCCUAUCGGAAUAUUGAAUCUUCAACAGACUCGUUCACUGUGAAGUUACCCAAAAAGUCGCUACGGAGUUCGAAACUCCCAAAUCCUGCGGCGCGCGAACUUUUGAACAAACGCGGGAACUCCGACGAUGCAGCGCGCGGUAAUCGAGACAACAACUAACUCCAGAAACCGAAUCGAGUGAAGGGAAUCAACGAAACGAAGAGAUUCAGUGAAAUCAAACAAAUAAAUGAAAUCAGUCCUACCCUAAAUUCUCCAGACGAAUUCACUCUAAUCGGGCCUCGAGUUCUCUAGCAUUCAAAGGAAGAAAACCACUAAGGAGAACCUACUGGCAGCCAUGUUCUCCAUCACAUCGACGUUCAACCUGAACUCCGGCUGCCACCGGGACUCGUUGGACCUUCUGCAUCGCGUGAGACGGUCCGAGUCGCCGACGGCGAUCGGCAACCUGACGCAUUACGGCUACAAAGAUCGCAGCUACGAGCCGGGCCUAGACUUCGACGAGAAGCCAAACGAGGCUUGCCACCCGCUGUACUUCCUGCUGGACUUUUUCCAUCAGUACUACAUCCCGUCGAUCAUACUGCUAGGCCUGGUGGGCAAUCUGCUGUCCUGCAUAGUGUUUCUGAACACGUACCUCAGGAUACGCAGCUCCAGCUACUACCUAGCCGCGCUGGCCACGGCCGACUUCGGUUUCCUGAUCACUCUGCUGCUGGUCUGGCUGAACGACACGCUCGGCUGGAAGGUGUUCAACAAAGACGGCUGGUGCGAGACGCUGGUCUACGUGAGCGCGGUGUGCAGCUCGCUCAGCGUCUGGCUGAUCGUCGCGUUCACCGUGGAAAGGUUCAUCGCGGUGCAGUACCCGUUCCACCGGCCACACAUCUGCACGAUCAGCAGGGCGAAGUCGAUUGUCCUCGUUCUAGUGAUCCUCGCGUUGACCAGUCAUUCCUACUCGUUCGUCACCGCUGGAGUGGUCCUGACCAGGGACGGCGAGGAGUACUGCGACCUGAAGGUCGAGUACAUGGAGACCAUGAAGAUCAUCAACAUCAUAGACAGCAUCGUCAGCCUGAUCGCGCCCCUCGUGCUCAUCAUCGUUAUGAACACGAUGAUCAUGAGGAACCUGUUGAAGUUCAGCCAGAAGUUCAAGCAGACGCCGUCCACUUCUACCGAUUACCCCAGCAGGGAACGCUCCGACAUCAACCUGAACCAAAUACCGAGUGCCAGCACCAGCAACAAUGGCGGCGGCGGCGUCAAUCUGGGACCAAUGCCCGGAGGUCGUAGGAUACCCUCGCAGCAAUCUUUUAACUCGUCGAAGAACAACCAUUCCCAUCAUUCCCGGCAUCAGACGAACUCGGUGCCGCCGUCCACGCCGCGUAAUGUCUGCCAGCUGCCCGAAAUAGCUGCUCGCUGUAUACGUAAACACCAAGUCGUCCUCGAGGAACCUCGUGUCGAGGAGGAAUCAACAAGGGAAUACGAAGACGUUGCUGCUGAUAAGUACCGUCUUCAUUCUACUGAAUUUACCGAGCUACGUGAUCCGGCUGUGCGUGUUCUUCUUUACGCUAGCCCACAAGAACAAGCCCGACCUGCUCUGGUGUCUGCAGCAGUUCUUCAUGCUACUCUACUACACGAAUUUCAGCAUCAACUUCCUGCUGUACGCGAUGUGCGGCGUCACUUUCCGACGGUGUCUCCAGCAGCUGAUGCGCAAGGUGUUCAAGAGCUUGACCACUUACCACUGCAACCCGCAGCGAUAGAUGAGACCGUCGUUCCGACGGCGCCGCCGCCGUUGGAACGAUGAUCUCGCUGAUUCUGUGAGCAUCCUCUGAACGAGACGCAGACGGUUUGCCAACCACUUCGCGGCCAGGGACGAACGUUGCAGUAUUGAAAACGAUAAUACCUCAGGAGGCGUCUGGUUUAUGGUCACGAAACGGCCGAACGAACCGAUUUCCACUUUCACGCGAAGCAUUCGGCGCACCGGAGACGAUCGCGGGACAUUGUCUCGAUAAAAAUAUAUUGGAGAUAAGAAAAAUAUAAGAAACGUUGAAUAUUCGUAACAUUCUAAAGAUUUUUCGAGAGUCACGGGAGAACGAUAUCGAUGAACGAGCUUCCGGAAGCAACGCGACGCGUUCCACAUCGAGCUAGAUUAACAUUAGAACUACUAGAUACGUUAAAUUGACCAAUCGAUUAUUCCUUCUUUUGUAAUCACCGACAACGUGCAGAUACUUGUUCGAGGAAUUAUUGAAGAAGCUUAUUUAGUAAUAUCGAAACUCAGAUAUAGUCAGUUGAAAUCUUGAUGACUACACAUUGACUUUUAUAAAGAAACUUUGAAAAGACAGUUUAAGCGGUAGUUCUAGUGUUAACCCAUUGGGAACGAAUGUCAUUUCAGAGGCAUCAAGGUUUCAUUUCUCGAGGGAGAAGUUGUAAAUAAAUAAUUUAAUUGUUCGGAUAAAGGAAGAUCAGUGUAUAAUACUCUUUCUUCUAAUAUUUAAGAGUUUUAUAUAUAAUUUAGCUUUAUACGUUGAAAGUCUUUAAAUAACUGCACAAAUCCUCGUCUGCGAACGGUUAAACGCGUUCAAUGAUCGACUUCCUGCGUGAACAACGCGGAAUCCUUUCGGAUUCAUACGAAAUAUCGUUUUAGCUGUUGCCAAUCCUUACACUUCGGAGUGAACGGAACGAGCAUGGAAUUUUUGCCUUCUCGGCAAAUUGUUCGCCACGAGGUAAGUCGUCGAGUUUUGUUAACACUAGAACUACCGAGUUCAUCGGGGUUGACACGUGAAUUUUUUCCGAUUUUAGAAACUAUUUGCUUUCGAGAUCAUUUCCGAUAGUAUUUACAUGAGUAUUACUAAGAAAAUAUCCAAAUGAAUAUUAUUGUAAAUAAGUACUUGCUAAAUAGAACAAUAAUCGCACAACGAGACAAUUGAGAGUCGUUGUUUCUACGGGUACGGUAGUUCUAGCGUUAGACACAUCACAGAGGAGAGAGAGUUGAUUAUCGCCGUUGGGUUCCGACGUUCAUGCAAAUUCAGAUUUUGCGUCAGGAUCGCGUGUUAAUGAACAGUUCUCGCAUACCGGGCGAAACAUCGCGGCAGCGUUAUAACGGUGGCGAGUUUGUUAUCAAUGCGAUGUGUGUUUAUCGCGUGGAGCGCACACCAUAAAUAAUUGUCUCGAGAUAACGACCUCCGGCGCUUGAUAGAGGAGAUCGUUGUUGUUGAUCUUUCCAACGCAACACUUCACGCUGCGACAACGGAAAAGAGAGACAGCCUCGGCACACAUCGUUAUCUGCCACUUUUCCCUUGUUUACAAUUACCGUGGAAAAUCACGAAUAUUCAGUGUACACUUAACCUGUUCGUUUAUCAAAGAUGAUCGAGUUCGAAAGUUGAGAAAUAUUCGAUUAACACUAUUUUCACGUGUAUAGAAUUUUAUAAACAUUAUUCGGUAAAUUUUUACGUUCACGAAAUAGUUUGGAAUAAAUGCUUCGUUCAUCGGGGUUUCGAACAGUUCUAGAUUCGAUUGAAUCUAGAUUGAUCGAUCUGCUUCGGACGAAUGCCUUCGUAUUGGCGACAUUGCGUUUUUUAUAUCGAAAAUCGCAAGUUACUCGGAAGUUUUUCAGUAGAAAUAUUUGAACAUUUUCUGACGAGAUAAACACGAUAUUUCGUGAAACUAAGUGGAAGAGAAAUCAUGUACAUUAGAAGAAAAGGCUAUUUUAAUUCAAUAUUUCUCCAAUUGAUGCGUUAUACAAGGUAUAAUAUUAAAUAUCUAAUUUUACAGUUUCACCGUAUGAAAUCUGGCGGUGAAUGAGUCACCUCUCGAGUGCAAAGGGUUAAGAGUUUGAAAUAUAAUUUAGCUUCAUACGGAAAAGAGUUUUGAAAUUCCAAUUCUCGUCUGCAAAGGAUUGCUAUGUCACGCGAAUUCCGACUGAUUUUCUUGAUAUAUCCGACGAAACUAAUUCUAUUCUGUUCAUAAGACACCAGAAGGGAAUCUCCACGAAGAAUGUCAGGUUUCCUGUUUCUGUUUCGUUAAGAAAAUUGUGUUGAUGGUAGGGGAUUUCGACGAACGCUGAUUCGGUGGCCGACGUGUCAAUGUCUCCAGAUAUCUAAUAAAGAAGACGGAGAUAGAUCUAACUGUCAGAGAGUGUUUAGAAGUUUGUCACGAAAUGUGACAAGCCUCGCAGAAAGUUUUAGACUCUUAUUAGGUAUAACAUCAGUGCUUCGUCGAAACAAUUUUAACGGCCGCUGUCACGUACACAGUUUCAUUAGCCAGCGAUUAUGGCGAACUUGAAGCAAUUAUUACAUAAUUCGAGGUGAUAGAAUACAUAAUGCAUUGUGAGCCUUUUAAAAACGACCCAGAAGGGAACAUUGGAACGUGAAAACUGUUAUUAUGAGACACGUUUCCCGAGACAACAAUUUCGUUGUUAUCUUCCGGAUAAAUUCACGAAUUAUUUUACAAACGGCUGGAUAAAUAUUAUUCUUACGUUCCACGAAACAACGAUUUCGUUAUUUUCUCUCGAAUAAAUAUAUUAAUUAUUUUACAAACGACUCAGAGAGAAACAUUGAAACGUGGCAAAUAUGAUUAUUACGCAGUUUAAGGUAAACAUUUGUUAUUUCCCCUUGAACAAUAUACUAAUUAGUUUAACGAUCACCGGACAAGCAUCGUUGAAUCUUGAAAGUAUGAAUUUGCAUGGAACUCGUAACCCGACCGGUAAAAAAAAAUAACUUAAGAGCGUUCGUUGCAUUUCGCGAACGAGGCGAAGCGUUUGAGCACUGGAGUAUGUAUUAUAUAAUUUCGGCUACGUAUCGGGUGUCCCCGAAAUCGUGUCAAAAUCGAGAGGAGGACUCGUGGAAAAUAAUUAUUAGACUGCGGAUUUUUGUGUAUUUAUAGAGGAUGGAAAUCGAACGAACGUAAUAAACUGUGAAAUGUUGCAAAAUUUAAUGAUGCCUAUAUUUCAACGUUAACACACCGAAACCAUUAAUAGACGAUGUAAACUUCUGUUCUAUCCCAGCCUUCCUAAACUGUAUUAAGAAAAUUAUGUUUUCCAUAAAGAUUCGCAGUAUAAUAGUAAUAUUAAUAAUAAGAAUAAUAAUAACAAUAACAGUAAUAAUAAAAAUAAUAAUAAUGAAUGUUUGUACACUAAAACCAAAGAAUGUAAUAUUGAAUUUAACGAGAAUUUAAUAUUGAACAAAAGAGAUGGAAUUCCAAGGAAUUUUUACCUUAUUCUUUACCGGAAGAUCUUCAUAAUCUGUUCAACGAAGAAUGGACCGAAGUAUUCGGAAGCUAAAUGGUUGGUGCAGUCUUCGGUAAAUUUCGAGGAAAGUUUGAGUAACUUUAUAAAACGAAACACGCAAGCCUUCGUCACGUUGAAAAGUGAUCGUUUUAAUUCUUUCAACAGGCUCCAAUAUUGCACCAGUUGUAAUAUUAAAUAUUUCAAUGAAUCUUAAAGAAACUACCCUGAAAUUAUUCGAUUUUCCGCGCAUCCAAAUUUUCUGAUAAGAAGGAAAAUAAAAGAUCGAAGGAAUGUUAUAGCAUUUCUAAUUUUCGAUAGGAGUACUAUAAAAAUUAGUUGCAGUCGCUGAUAGAUUACAAAACAAUUGUUUCCAUGAUAAUUCUCGUAUGUUCUUGAUUAUUUUAAACGAAUAAUUUACAAAUUUCUAAACAGAUCAUUUCCGAGUGGCCAAUGAUUUGCGAAUUUUGAAAUAGAUCAUUUCCGAACGAUUAAUAACCUCGGAAUCAUUUCCGCGGAACUGCACGAACCUUUUUGGAUGGUAAAUAAUUCGUUUGUCGCGAUUUCAGAGACGCUUCGACGACUCGUUCGAAUUUGGUAAUUCAAAGCAGAACGAGAGAGAGAGAGAGAGAGAGAGAGAAAGAGGAAGAGAGAGAAAGAGGGAGGCUAAGUUAAUUCAAGAAAUCGAAGAGUCUUUCAGGAACGAUCGAAAGUUGCGAAAGUAAAGUUAAAGCGAAGUAAUCGUCUGUACUGUAAAAACGAGGAAACUGUGCGGGUGUAUGUGUGUAUGCGCGUGAUCCCCGAAGACCCGCGCGUUGAAUGUGUGCGCUGUUACGAAGGAGGGUUGUUAUCGAUGAAUGUGAACCAAUUUGCAUCCGUAAACGUGAUCUUCUUUUACACUAGGGAAUCGACUACUUUCAAGCACCGUCAUCGUAUGUAAAUAUUGUACUGUAAUUUAUUCAUUGUAUACAAUACGAGCACUAUUAUUCGAUCAAAUAUGUAGU